AUGGCCAACAAAAACCGAUUCCACCCAGUAAUCGAAAGCUCCCGUGUCAACUCCGAAUGGAAAGCCGACCCCGGCCUCUCAAACCUCAUACAUGAGUCGGAUGGCUGCAGCCCAGGUGUCAACCGCUCUAACAAGGAUGAGCCGUUGCCCGAGUCACACCUUGCUCAGGAGGUGGUUGAUAACAUCUUUGAUUAUUCUACGAAUGGUAAUGCCUAUCUUCUUCUACCCACUCAUGUGACAGGUAAUCAACGUUUCUCGUGGGAACAUGUUCCAAGGAGACGUCUUCCCAUCCUCGUGAGACUACUGUUCAGGUAAGAAGUGAGAUGGUACCGCAAGUUGCCGGACCGACACAUUGUAAAUCGGCGAGGAGCUGGCGUAUCGCCAUAAGUUCUGAUGGAUUGAUAAUUUGCCCUUUGAUGAAUUUUGUUGCAUUGUACGAAUGGACGGCACUACUCACGAUGGUCAAGGUCUCUAUUUUCAUGUGGGGCAAAUAAGACUUUAUGGAAAACAGCAGAUAGCUGUCCUUGUCUUGAAUUGUCCAUGCUAAAUUACCCGUUGG